AUGGACGCUAACCGCCCGGGCGCGUUCGUGCUGAGCAGCGCUCCCCUGGCCGCGCUGCACAACAUGGCCGAGAUGAAGACGUCGUUGUUUCCGUACGCGCUGCAGGGGCCCGCCGGCUUCAAAGCACCCGCGCUGGGCGGCCUGGGCGCACAGCUGCCGCUCGGCACCCCGCACGGCAUCAGCGACAUCUUGGGCCGCCCCGUGGGCGCGGCGGGCGGCGGCCUCCUGGGAGGCCUGCCUCGCCUCAACGGGCUGGCUUCGUCGGCCAGCGUCUACUUCGGUCCCGCGGCCGCCGUGGCGCGCGGCUACCCCAAGCCGCUGGCCGAGCUGCCCGGGCGCCCGCCCAUCUUCUGGCCCGGCGUGGUGCAGGGUUCGCCCUGGAGGGACCCGCGGCUGGCCGGCCCCGCCCCGGACAAGGACGGGAAGAAGAAGCACUCGCGGCCGACCUUCUCCGGGCAGCAGAUCUUCGCGCUGGAGAAGACAUUCGAGCAGACCAAAUACCUGGCGGGCCCCGAGCGCGCGCGCCUCGCCUACUCCCUGGGCAUGACCGAGAGCCAGGUGAAGGUGUGGUUCCAGAACCGACGGACCAAGUGGCGCAAGCGGCACGCGGCGGAGAUGGCCUCGGCCAAGAAGCAGCGGGACUCGGACGCCGAGAAGCUGCAAGCGGGCGGCUCGGACGCGGAGGACGACGACGAGUACAACCGGCCGCUGGACCCCGACUCGGACGCCGAGAAGAUCACGCGGCUGCUCAGGAAGCACAAGGCCUCGAACUUGGCGUUGGUCAGCCCGUGCCCGGGGGACGCUGUGUGA